CUCUUCCUGCCUACCUGCCCGCAUAAAACAGAGACCCAGAGGAGGCUCAACACGGCACUGCUCUGACGACACAGCGGACCUGGACAGGUCUGAAGUCACUGGUGGGAAUGCGGUGAAGGAGAUACCCAGACAAGGAAGAACGCUAUAAAAUACACAAGACUACCCAAUUAAACUAGAAUAUAGGUUAACCUGCUCGUCUUGAAUCACUUCCUCAGGUUGAACGUCUGAGAAGGCAUCAGCAUCAUGGCAAAAGAUGUUGACAGAACCCAGGUGAUUCGAAACAUCAGGGUGCGGACUGCACUGAAGAACGACGGCAGCUGGAUCCACAAAUCAAAAGAUGAAGGGAAACAAGACAAAGCAGGGACGGUCCAGGUUGUGGAGACUAAACGUCCUCCCGUUCGAGGGGGCUCAUACGUCCUGUCAGCUGCCAAGAAAUUUGAUGAUUCAGCCAAUCAGGAGAAUGGUGAAGUUAUCCCUUCCCAUAAAGAUGUUGAGCCUGAGGGUACAACAGUGGAAAGCAGGGGCGAUACUAAGCCCCAAGCACUCACAGGCGAACUUGCUCAAAAGUGUACAUCACAACAAGAAAACUCAGAAGCAGACAGAACUACAGAAAACAAGGAGGAAAAUGGUGACGCGCCAGUUGUUGAGUCAAACGUGGAACAUAGUGAGGGGGCUGCUGGGGUCUUGGCAGAUGUUCAUGUGGAAGAACCUAUCCAAACAGCUCCGCCAGCAAAAGGAAAUCCAGAGAUGGUGUUUCCCGUGGAGCCAGUAGAGCAACCAAAUGUCAACACAACAGCAGAAAACAAGGCAGAACAUGUUGAUACACCAGCUAAACCAUCAAACCCAGACCAAAGUGAGGCCAAAGUGUCUGCAGAGGAAGAACCUAUCCAAACAGCUCUGCCAGCAAAAGGAAAUCCAGAGAUGGUUUUUCCCGUGGAGCCAGUAGAGCAACCAAAUGUCAACACAACAGCAGAAAACAAGGCAGAACAUGUUGAUACACCAGCUAAACCAUCAAACCCAGACCAAAGUGAGGCCAAAGUGUCUGCAGACGUUAAUGUGGAAAAUUCUGUUGCAGAGCAACAGAGCACAGUGGAGAGUAAAGACACUGCUGAAGUCCUUGCUGCACUGGAACCUCAAGAGGAAAACACAACCCAAACAGAGCCAAAAGAUGAUUCGACAAAAAUGGAGGAUCCGGCAAAAGAAGAUAUUGUUGUGACUGCAACUAAGGUCAUGGUGGAAUCAUUUCCUGAGACAUCUGACGUGACAAAUGAGGCUGUAGACGAGGCUGUGGUGGAGUCUGAAACAGAGUUAGUUAGUUCUGAGAAAUGCCCUCCAGGAGAUGACACAAAUGAAACAGUUAAAGCUGUAGCUGAAGUGGAAUCAUCUGAGACCCCUGCCAACAGUGUGGAUCUGGUCCUUGAUACCCUACGUGACCCCCCUCCUCAAUUUGCUAAUGAAACUACUGAGGUUACUUGUAAAGGUGAAGGUGCAGAAGAAACAGUAGGAGCUUCGGCAAAGGUUGUAGCCGAGUCACUGCCUGAAGACACCCCUGUAGCUCCUGCAGCAAAACAAGCAGAUGCUAAUCUGCCUGAUAGUGUUCAACGUGUCUUUGAUACUGCAUCCGAACUACCCACUCAGCCUGCUGCUGAAAUAAAGGCAAAUUGUGAGAAGUGUCCUCCAAAAGAAGACACAAAAGAUGCUACUGAAACUCCAGCUGAGGUUGUGGUGGAGACACCGCCUGAGAACCUGGAUGUAAAUAAUGUAACACCGGGAGAAGCUUCUCUACUUAACAGUGAGCAACCAGCGCCGGUUCCUCCUACAUCUGAAUCUCCUACACAAUCUGCUUCUGAGCCCGGGACUGAAGAAGUGGUUGAGUGUCAAGCCCAGCGUGUUGAUAAUUCUGCUGUGGAAGAGAGCCCCCAGCCAGCACCUGAGAGUCCAGCAGACCGCACUGUGGAGUUGAACAUCGAGGAUGCUAUUAAACCUGAAGCCGCUCAGGACAUUUUAGAUAGACCCAUUGAACUGACAGAUGCAUUAGAUGAGGAUCCCCGCUCAGCUGAAACUGUGACUAAACCUACAGAAGAUCCAAAGCAAUCCCACUCAGACGAGUUGAAACUGGACCAACAGGGUGCUGACACUAACUGUUCUGAAGAGUUUAAAUCACCUACCGAGGAGCGUAAUGCUACACAAGUUCUGUAUAUCACCAGGGAUGACAAAUCCUGUUCAUUCUGUGGCAAAGUCAUCGAUGGAAAUACCAAGAUCUCAUUCAGUGAACCUCUGAUAUGCUGCCACCCUGAGUGUCUGAAGUGUGCUGUGUGUGCUGUGGCUCUUGGAGAUCUGAUCCUCCCCAUGUUCCUGCAUGACCAGCAAAUCCAUUGCGAUGCGUGCUUUAGACAAACUCUCGAGCUCUGAAGCCUAACUGGAACAAAUGUCUCGUCAGGAAACACUCACAGUAUGCUGUGAUUAAUGUGUUUGGAUUGAGAAUGGCACCCCUAUUUCACUAACUCUGUAUAAUGAGAGGCAGGAUGUUGUUGUGACUAAGAAUUGUAUACUCAAAAGGCUUGGAACCUUAUUUUUUUUUUUUUGUUGCAGUAAUUGCCAUAAAUGCUUAAAGGAAAUACAUCACAAUCAGCAUAAAUGAUUUAAAUGUGACAUAUUGUAUAUGGUUGAAAUAAAAUCAGUUGAAUGCCUUA